AUGGCCGAACUGAGCAGAGAGACCCUGCCACCAACAGCCUCUGGCUGGGAUUACGAAUAUGAACAUAACGACACUGAAUGCCCAGAGUUUGAUGCCCCUGAAGUGACCUUUAUCAGCAUCACUGUGAUCAUCAGCGUUUUGGGGCUGGUGGGGAACGGGAUCGUCCUCUGGUUCCUGGGCUUCCGCAUGAAGAGGAACCCCUUCACCGUCUACGUCCUCAACCUGGCCGUCGCCGACACUGGCUUCCUCCUCUACUCGCUUGCCUAUCUUGCCGCCUACAUGGUGGAAUAUCUGUUUUGUGACAAUACUGACUUUCAUUACAUAUUAUUUCUGAUUACAAUGCUGUGUCUGUGGACGUACAGCACCAGCCUGUACCUCCUGACCGCCAUCAGCACGGAGAGGUGCGUGUCCGUCCUCUGCCCCAUCUGGUACCGAUGUCGCCGGCCAAGGCACUUGUCUGCCAUCGUGUCUGCCCUGCUCUGGGCUCUCCCCGUCCCACUGUGCUGUUCUAUGAGCUUUUUUUGUCUUCUUCACAUUAAUGAAAACUGUUUCACUUCCAUCCUGUACGUCUUUAUUCUGAAUGUCCUGAUAUUCUCCCCCAUCAUGGUUCUCUCCAGUCUGACACUGUUCAUCCAGAUGCGAUGGAGCUCCCAGCAGCGCCCGCCCAGCAAGCUCUAUGUUGUCAUCCUGCUCACCGUCCUCUUCUUCCUCCUCCUCACUCUCCCUCAGAGUGUUACGCAUUUUCUUUUCUACCUGGGCAAAUCUCGGCCCACUGAGAUGUCUUAUGUGCUGGCCUGUGCAAGCAGCAGCAUCAACCCCUUUAUUUACUUUCUAGUCGGGAGCUACGGGAAGCGGCGAUUCUGUGGCUCUCUCAAACUCGCACUCCAGAGGGUAUUUGAAGAGCAGAGAGAUUCCGGAGAAGACAAAGACCCGCCUCCCAGCACAGACCCAAUGGAGACAGUUGUUUAA